AUGGCGCUCAGUACGACCUCGGAAGCUCAUCAAUCCAUUUGCUGGAGAGAAGCCCGUCCGUGCCCUAUGAGUGAUGCCUCCUCAGACCAGAAGCUGUCGUGCCAGGCUUGGUUCCACUGCGAAGUGGCCGGAGACUACGUCAUCAAAUGGAAAUGUCAUUCAUUGGAAGAGGUGGAGCAUAACACCACUAGCCCGGCCCUGUCUUUGUGUUCAAACCAAUCAGAUGCUAAAGAAUUAUUGGAUUGCCCGCCCCCAGUAGUCUGUGCUGACGAUCCUUAUCUUGACCAUGUGCAUAUGAAAUCCAGUGACGUGUCCACAGAUGUCAUUCUCGCCGUGGCUGUCUCCAUCUUUGCCCUGCUGGCUAUGCUGCUCAUCGUGGUGUCAUCUUACAAGUACUGGAGGCUGCGCAAAAGAGUCAGCCAGAAAAUGAUGCCUCACCAGUACAUGGUUCGGGAAUUCCCAUACCCAGUGCGAUAUCACAACCUCUGGGGAAGUGGUUCUCAGUUCUACGACAACCCGAGUGCCAAGAACCUCCAGCCAACCAAAGCAUACGGCAAUCCCCACCAUGACGUGUACUUCUCGCGGCCCCAAGCGUCGUCUAGCUACUUGGAACAACUUCUCUCACCAGCAGACGAUUUCAUUGACAGUAAAAAGGAAUAUGGCGGGUCUGAACUGAGCACACCAACCCGCCUGUUUCCUCCAACGGGAAAGUUCGUUGCUGAUCCAUCAGUUGCCACUGGCAGCUUUGUCUUUCACCAACCGCUUGGAGGCGCUGGUCUGGUUGGUUUCAACAAUAAAGUGGAGAGCUGGGUUCAUCAAAACAAGAUCAACAAAGAAAAAGAAGAGAAAUCCGAAAGUGUAGAAUAUUACCAUAUAUAUAAAGGAAACAUAAAGCAAAACAUCAAGCAGGAAAGGCAGCAGUCACCAAAGAAGAGCGUAGAUUACAAGAAAGAAUACACUUGCUUGCAGAAUAGUAGUCCAGACUUUAGUCGGAUGCCACAGGUCUCGUCCAUCGCUAUUCCAUCGUUUGAAAUCAGCGGCUUGCAGAAUACUAUGGCCCAGCAUGAGUAUUUGAAUGCUGAUCUUCGUAUGCAAGAGGAAGUGAGCCAGCAGUUCCUCAAGAAGAGGAACUGCGAGACUGGAAGUGUACAAGAGACAAUGUCGCAUUAUGCCCUGGGGUUUGUCACUCGCUCUGGAAAUCAACACUUUCAAGUUAGUCAUGAGGGUCAUAAUAAUAAUCAACAUUAUCAGAGUGUCUCGCCCAAGUUCGUUAAUGUGGGUACAUCCCACCCUAGUCCUGAUGUGAUCAGUAGCCACAACUUCUCAAAUAAGUUCGUUAGAGUUGGCAAAAACGUCUACAGGCCCCUGCUGAGCAAGAGCUCCAGUGGAAGCAGCAUCAACAUGCACAGUGGAAACAACGACAACAUCGACUUGAGCUAUGACAGCUUCAGGAACGAACACAUCCGGGAACUUGCCAAACGCGGAGCAGCUUCUAGCAGUACUCUCGAAGCUGGCUACAGACAGAAAGGUCAUGGUAAAUCUACAGGGGUCACUUGUCGCUACUAA